AUGGAUGAUGAGACGGCAGAGAAGACCGGCUCUGAUAACAGUCCGGAACAAAGAGCUGAUAAGCUCAAAGGCGGAGCAGAGGCACGGAUACGUAUCGGCAGUAUCUUGCUACCUAGUGCAUGGAUCUACGGAUGGAGGGGUGCAUUCAUGCGGGUCGGAACGAGAUCCCAGGCCAGACCUGACGAAAGGUGUUGGCUGCUAUGGUUUGCUUUCCUACAACGUUUGUUCGAGUGUUGGUGGUUGGGUUCAGUACCAAAAGAAAUGGUGUCUCAGUGGAGAAAGUCAAAUGACCGUGACUCUGGGUACCAAGGUCAGCGCAGUCCGUCACCUGCCGAGAUCUACGCACAAGUCACGGGAGCAUUGUCACGCCUGGAAAUGGCUGGGGUGGCCUAG